UAAAGCAGCAGGCCGGUGACGGGCAGACAUUCGCCCUGCGGGGACCAUGAGAGGAACAGCUGUCUCCAUGCCACGGUUAGACAAGAUGCCAGGGAUGCUCUUCUCUGCUACUCCCAAGGAACUGAAAGGAACUGACCGUGCGCUUCUUGAUGAUAAAACACAAAAAAAGAGGCCAAAGACCUUCGGAAUGGAUGUGAAAGCAUACUUGAAGUCCAUGAUCCCACAUCUGGAAUCUGGAAUGAAGACUUCUAAGUCCAAGGACAUACUCUCUGCUGAUGAAGUAAUGCAGUGGUCUCAGUCUCUGGAAAAACUUCUUGCCACCCAAACUGGUCAAGACAUUUUUGGAAGUUUCCUAAAGUCUGAGUUCAGUGAGGAGAAUAUUGAGUUCUGGCUGGCUUGUGAAGACUAUAAAAAAACAGACUCUGAUCUUUUGCAUUGCAAAGCAGAGAAAAUAUACAAAGCAUUUGUGCAUUCAGACGCUGCUAAGCAAAUCAAUAUUGAUUUUCGCACUCGAGAAUCUACAGCUAAGAAGAUUAAAGCUCCGACACCCACGUGUUUUGAUGAAGCCCAAAAACUUGUAUAUACUCUCAUGGAAAAGGACUCCUAUCCCAGGUUCCUCAAGUCAAAUAUAUAUUUAAAUCUUCUGAAUGACCUUCAGGCGAACAGUCUAAAGUGA